AUGGAGAGACCAGUAUUAAAGUAUCUAAAACUCAAUCAUUUAACUUCACCGCAGAAGCCUACAUCUGCACCUCUAACAAGCAAUCGAAUACUGUCUGCAUUAUUAGUAAUAGACUUAAUCAGAGUGAUAAUUGUGAAAAUAUCAGUAGAAUGGUCCCCCAAAACUGCAAAGCAAUAUUUUGAUCCAAAUAACUCUACUCACUACAUUUCAGAUCAACAGUUAUAUGUCAUAUUUAAGAAUGUGAAUAUUUAUACUUACACUAAAAGCUACACUGAUUGCACGAAUAAGGUUAAUUCUGACUCAGUUAUUAUCUUUGAACCCAAAGAUGUUUCUAGUAUCAAUAUUUUUCCAAAGAUUGAAAGAAAUUAUAUAUCAGAUGCUUGGAGUUUUAGAUCAUAUAAAGAGAUCUGUUAUUUAAAUUAUGCCAUUAAAAGCCUUCCAAAACUCAACAACGAAGGAAACAUUCAAUUUGGCGCAAGUGUAUUUAUGCAGCUUACCCACGAGGCAGGAAGUAAUGAAUAUUCAUUUGGGAGUGUAAUAGCCAAUCUUGGUGGUUUCUAUGUUGCUUUGAAUUCAAUGUAUGUUUUAUUAUUUGGAAUGCCAAAAUUAUCUCCAUGGGGUAUUAUUCAAAAAUAUGUGCUAAGUUGCAGAAUUUGCAGACGCAGCUUAAAAGCAAAACUAGCAAAACGAUAUGUCACAUCUUCAGGAAUCGUUCUGGCACAAAGAGUAUCAAACCGGCGCAACAAUGCAACAUUGGAAAAUCGUGUUCAAAUGUUGGAAACAAUGUUGCAGGAUUACUAUCUUGACAAUUAUCAAUUCGAGGCAAGUUUUUUAAUGAUGUUAUAG